GCGAAUGGAGAACAGUAAAGAGCGUUGUCCCCGUCAAGCUGUGUUCAACCCGUCACGCCUCAGUGGUAGCGGAAGCGUCCGUGAAAUUAUUCCGAGUCAGCCUGAUGCUAGGAGCGACGCCGUCUUGGUGGCGUCGUGGAAUGUCAAGAGUUUUUCGUGGAAGCGAUGCAAGAACCUCGAGUUCCUCAAACGAGUCGCGGAAGUCAUCAGCGAGUUUGACCUCAUCGCUCUGCAGGAGGUGCGCGACCCAGAGGUGUUGUGGCUGAUGAAACAAGUUCUUCGAGAGUAUACGGGGAAAAUCUGGGAGUCGCAAUGCUCUGAGCCCCUCGAAAAGCACACAGACGAAGAGAAAGCAGAAAACGCCGAAAGGUCCGUGGACAAGAAGAAGAAAUUCAACUACACGGAAUACCUCGCCUUUAUCUACCGCACGGACGUAGUGGAACUAGCGUCCAGACAGCGUGAGUUCAAGAUUGACCCCAUUCAGAUCGUGCGUCAGCCGUACACCCGGACUUUUGAGAUCCCAGACUUGGACUUGACCAUCACACUGGUGAACGUGCACCUGGUACCUGAGCGCUCGGGAUCCAAAGCUGAAGCGGAGGCGAUUGGCUCCACGUUGAACGGUUUGGCUGGCCAGGUGAAGAUGGGAGCCAAGUACGGCGUGCUAGGAGAUUUCAACUUGAGCACUACCCAGACUGCCGGUGCCUUCUCCAAGUCAGGCGAAAUGGUGAACCUCAUUGGACAGUCGACGAUGGUCUGUGGAGACAGCGAGAACGACAAUAUUUGGCUCGAUAGGAAGAAAUUCCAGAACCGAGCGACGAAUGGGAAGCCGUGGACAACCUUUUUCAUUGAUAGUGGGGUGCUCUACAUCGACGAGAAGUACGACGUCCCCCACACGCCAGUGGAAACUCGACGAAGGACUCAAAUUGCGAGCGAACUGUCCGAUCACUGCCCUAUAUGGGCGGCAUUUCGAAUGCAGUCUUGGGCUGCGGAAGAUAAGGACUACUCGAAAAUCGAUCCGUUACUGCGAAAGUGGCCCGAUGAAGAGGACAAAUGUAGUCGAGUGAAAACGCGCAACAAACAGAAGAAGGCAAACGCAAGUGGUAAGGCUGAUACAAAGGAAGAAGAUAACGAAGAAGUGUUCGAUUCCCAAGUCGUCACAUAA